GCUCUGCGCACGCGUCCCACUCCCUCCCCCUCCUCCUCCCCUUCUUCUUCCCUGUUUUCCCUCUUUCUCUAUUUUGCCUCCUGUUUUUCCUCCCCCUCGCCCCCCUCACCGCGGCCAUGGGGAAGCUGAACGUGGUGAUGCUGCGGUAUCUGUCCCGGGAGCACUUCAGGGUGCUGACGGCGGUGGAAAUGGGCAUGAAAAACCAUGAAAUAGUUCCUGCAAGCUUGGUCGCUUCCAUUGCCAAUCUCAAACACGGUGGCUGCAAUAAAAUUCUGAGGGAGCUGGUGAAGCACAAACUUCUGGCUUAUGAACAAACCAAAACUGUCCAGGGUUACCGGUUAACUAAUGCAGGAUAUGAUUACCUUGCUCUGAAAACUCUCUCUUCCAGACAAGUCAUCACUUCUGUAGGAAACCAGAUGGGUGUUGGCAAAGAAUCAGACAUUUAUAUUGUUGCAAACGAAGAGGAGCAACAGUUUGCGCUGAAAUUACACCGCCUUGGAAGAACCUCCUUCCGCAGUUUGAAGAAUAAACGUGACUACCACAAGCACAGACACAAAAUGUCAUGGCUGUAUUUAUCUAGGAUAGCGGCAAUGAAGGAGUUUGCCUACAUGAAGGCUUUGCAUGACAGAAAUUUUCCUGUUCCAAGGCCCAUAGACUACAACAGGCAUGCAGUUGUUAUGGAACUUGUUGAUGGCUAUCCUUUGUGCCAGGUGCACCACAUGGAAGAUCCUGCUGCUGUCUACAGUGAAUUAAUGGAUCUGAUUGUAAAACUUGCCAAUCACGGUCUGAUUCAUGGGGACUUCAAUGAAUUUAAUCUCAUCUUGGAUAAUGAUGAUCAUGCCACUUUGAUUGAUUUCCCUCAGAUGAUGUCAACAUCGCAUACAAAUGCUGAGUGGUAUUUUGACAGAGAUGUUAACUGUAUUAAGGAGUUCUUUAAGAAACGUUUCACCUACGAGAGUGAGCUCUUCCCAACAUUCAAAGACAUCAGGAGAGAGUGUUCUCUUGAUAAAGAGAUUGCUGCCAGUGGCUAUGCAAAAGACAUGCAGGAAGAUGAUGACCUGCUUUAUCCACCAGGUUCUGACAAGGAUGACAACACAACAGAGGUACUAGAGCUUGUAGAAGAUGCUGAGAACAAACUCAACUUCUUCAGCAAAGAUGGAGAAAAUAAUGAAGACAUCAUGUACGAAGUGGGUGAUUUCUCUGAAAGCAGGACCUCUGACAAUGCCGUGUGUAGCAGUGAGGAAGAGGCUGAUACAGCUGAAAGUAGAGAAAAUACACAAAGGCUGAGUAUGGCAGAGUUGAGUUCAGCUUUGGAGAAAGCUGGAGGGCAAGCUAUGCUUUGGAAGUGCAAUGGAGAUGCAGAGAGUUCAGCGCUUACUUCUUUUAAAGGCAAAAGCAUAAACAAAAAUGCUGCUGAAGUGGAAAAUCAGAGGGGUCAAAGAGGGUCCUGUAAGGACAAGGAGAACGAAGAUGAGUGCCCAGAGCUGGUUGACUCGUCAACUUUAAAUGAGGAAUUCAGGCAUUACAGUGAGGAGCGUGUCAUUCCUGUUGCUGGGCACAGAACAAGGACUAAAAGUAUCUCAUCAGUGAGAAGUGUUGGGAGCUGCUCCACCAUUCCUCCGGAACUGGUGAAACAGAAGAUAAAACGUCAGCUGACCAAACAGCAAAAGGCUGCUCUGAAGCAACGACUGCAAAAGGGAGAAGAAAAUGUUUAUACCAAACAACGCAGGGAAAAUAUGCACAACAUCAAGUCAAGCUUGGAUGCAGCCAAUUUCUGGGGAUAAUUUAUUAAAGCUCCUGUGGAACAUGAGAAAUGUAUACAGGUGAAAGAGUUAAGCUAAUUUACCAAUAAUUAUCUUUUAUAAUAGAGCAGUUUCUUCUAUGCAAACCCUGUGUUUUUCUGGAAGUUAAUAAACCUCAUUCUGGUUCCUGCAA